CCAAACGCAUGACAUGAAGCAGUGAGUACAAUAACAUAAUAAGUCAUUACAGGGUAUUGUCCAGAUUUGAAAGAUCAAUUUUAUUUCAGAUACAGAAAAACUGUACGUCUCUGUAUAAAGGUAAAUGCUUCUCAAUCGUGGAAAAUAGUUUCCUCGCAACAAACCAAAUCACCACACCAUUUCCUCCCCGUCUACUAAUGAACACUAUUGAAUUGAUACAUAACUAAUGCACUAUCCCACUUGGAGGGAGGGCUAUUCCCCACCCGUAGCAAAUAUGCUAUGCCCUGCCCUUUUCGAUAAGCAAAGAAUCGAAGAAAUGCGGUGCGACUGGCUAUAAAUAUAAAACGACGUCUAAAAUCUAACACCAGACAGUUGAAGAUCGUUCGCUACUAACAAGGGGUUUAUUAUAAGUCACAGUGUGAGUAUAAGUGCAAGUUGUUAGAGUGAUCAUUAGACGCACACACACACAGUCAAGAUGAUUCUGGUGGACACAUGCGUGUUUCAGUUAAGAACGAUUCUAGUGAUCGGUUUAGUGAUCGCGAUGAGACAGUGCUCUGGGCAGUUGUACCGAUCGGAGAGUGCUGAAGUAGGUCGACGGGUUAAAAACUAUGACAGCCGGUACCAGCAGCAGCCAGCACACGAGCUUGGCUUCGGGUACUACUACCAGGGUGACAUUAUGCUGCCGACCGAGCCCAAAGGCCAAGACCGGCUAUCGGUGGCCGAGGAGUACACGUCCACCGUAUGGCCGAACGGGAUCGUACCGUACUACAUCGCGCCGAACACGUUCUCACUGAACGAGAUCUUCACAAUCGAACGCGCCAUGCAGGUGUUUCACGCGAAAACGUGCGUCCGGUUUGUGCCGCGGAGGCCGGAAACGCCGUACUUUGUGCAGAUCACGAACCGACCGACCGGCUGCUAUUCGUUUAUAGGUCGUUCAUUAAACAACAGCCGGAACUUGAUGAAUCUGCAGACGCCCGCGUGUCUGACCGGCGGUACACCGAUGCACGAGAUGAUGCACGUUCUCGGCUUUUUCCACGAGGUGAGCCGGCCCGAUCGGGACGACUACAUCUACGUCAACCGAAGCGCCCUUAUACCACAAUUUCAAACGGAUACAUUCUAUGAGAGCAAUUUGGCUAAAUAUGAUCAAUUUGUAGAGACAUACAACAUUGGCUACAACUAUGGCAGCGUUAUGCAUUACUCGCGGCUUGCGGGCGCAAGCGAUCGCAGAUAUCCGGUGCUGGUGAACCGGAAACCAUAUGAUAAGCCGGACUUUGGCAACAAUACGCUCAGCCCGUCCGACAUUGAGGGCAUCCAGUUCCGGUACUGCCGCAAUGCGAGCGGUAUCUAUAGGCUCAACUGGUUGCAACAGCUUCCCACCACCGUCCUUGGAUCACGACCCGUUUGAGAGGAUAAAGCAGACUUAUUUCUUUCAUGUUUCAGUUUUUUUUGACCUAAAAAAGACAACGGCAUAAGUAAAAAAAUCAAAGUGUUUUUGUUGUAUUUCUUCUUCCGUUUUCUCAUACAGAAUCUUGUUUUUUUCUACAUAUUUUUUGUUUUUUUUUUCUUUUUCAUUCAUUUCACUGUUAACACCAACACAACAUGUCCUUGUUAAAGUUUUUGUUUAUUUUUCAUUUCUUUCUGCUUACUUUGCCUGUUUUCUAUUCGAUCGAUUUAUCUGAUUAAUAUUUAUACUCGAUAUAUUACACAUAUUGCCGAUUCUUAUACGCUUUAUGUUAGCCCAUUUGCUUACUUUACAAUGUGAAAACAAACACAAAACCAUUUUAAAACAUUUGUGAAGAUGUGCACGGAAGCAAUGCACACAACCUCUUUCCUCCUAUUUGCGCACUGUAAUUGAUUUAAACUAAAACUAAAAGGUCACAUCAACCCUUGCGAAAGGACAAAUAAUGUACACGUUGUACAACGGUAAGUGUUGGUAAAUUUGUUUUUUUUUUUUAGGAAAUUAACGAUCACUUCGCAACAGCAAUCCGGAAACGAGCAAUUAUAAAAUAUAGUUCAUUAUUCUAUUACUUUCCUUGCUUCCUUUGUUUCACAAUGAUACAAAAUUAAUUACACUUAAACUCUGUUUUGUUGUCUAUUUUUUUCUUUUCAUUCCCUAAGCAAAAUUGGGAACACAAUAGGUCGCCAUCCGGUUCUAGCUUGUGUUAGUAUAAAUAUAUACUUAUGCACUAAACGUCGAUCAACCAUUUCCUUUUUCCAUUUCUUUCUUAUACCUUUCCUUCUGUUUUCACAUUAAACUACUUGGUUCGUAUUUUGAGGACGAUUCGGUUGUUUGGUGUGAUGAUUGAGUUGAGCUGUAUGUUGCUUGUGUCUAUUGUGUCGCCGCCUCACCUGUGUGCCCUUCGAGUUGCGUGUGUCGGUGGUGUGCAUCGUGUGAUGUGCAGCGAAAGGAACAUUUCAAUUGCACUGCCUCCAAAAAGACAAUAAAAUACUGUAAAGACAGUAUUUUUAGUACAGAAAAAACACACACACACACACAAAACAUAACUUUUCUUUCGACGAUCACUGGCUCUAUCAAAACAACUACCGAUCAACAAAGGAUCGACUAGCACAGACACGAUUGUGACAGGUUUUCUUUGCUGGAUUUUUGUAAGUGAUACUUUUCUAUUCUCAACACACACGCACACACGCACACCAAUAUCCAAAACAGUACAAAUAGUAAAACGAUAAAAGAAGGAGAAAAAAAAAUCCAAUUACAAUUACACACCAUUAAAUAUAACGAUUUGUUUUGCUUUGUUUUAUUUUGUUUUAUUUGUUUUCCUUCUAGUAAGUAGUAUUUUACGGUUUCCUUUUUUUGUUUUACGUUUAUUACGUUCAUAAAUUUUACAAGAGAGCACUGCUCACAUACCACCUACUACCGUUGCACACACGCACGCACAUUGUUUGUUUAAUCCUUUUUACGAAUGAGGUUACUUUGUUUUUAAAUCGAUCCACGAUUCUUUAUUUUAUUUUGUUACAUUCUUUCUACCUUCUGUUCUGUUUUUUUUCUUCUUUCUCUUCUUCUUCUUUCUAUUUGUUUUACAGUGCUAUUCUACUAAACUAACUUCUUUUCUUCCCGCUGAGCUGAGCUUUACCUCUUUCCUUUCCUUCUUAAAUGUUUGUUUCCUCGCUUUCCCGCUCCGUAUAAUGGAGCUGCUGCUGUUCGUUCUGGCAUUAAUUAUGAGCUCUUUUGCAAAUUCGCUUUUCUUACAAUUUCUCUUAAAACGCUCCUCUCUUCUCUUUGUGUGUAUGUGUGUAUUGUUGUUUACCUUUUCUACUACGCUUUAGCCAUUGAAAUUGUGUGUUUGUUAAAUAUAUAAUGUGUUCUCUCUGUUUUUCUUACUCGUUUUCUUUUUCGCUUUUUUUUUUGCUUCUUUUUUCUGUGUUUCUUCUUUUAUGUCUCCUUUUUGUAGCGCUCUUCUUUCCAUUUAGUUUCUGGUUUGCUUUAUUAAGAGAAGUAAUUGAUUUGCAAUUUUCACAACUUUGAUUCAGUGUUCGAUUUCGGUUUUAGCGUCUAAUACGUUAUUAAAGUUUUGGAAUACCCGCCAAAUACGAGUUAUGAUUUGUUCUCUGUGUAGAGCAUCAUAAAAGCAUACUUUGUAGUAGUAUUUAGUACUACUACUGCUGCUCGUGCCUGGUAAGUAUACUUAUUCGUACGUAUUUUUUGUCUCGUUUCUGAAUAUGUGUGUGUAUGUUGUAACGUGAUACUUAUGUUGCGGUGUCUACUAAAUUGAUAAAUGUGUUGUAUAUUCCUCCCUUCUGCCUCCUGUAUUCUCCCUCCCUCUUUUCUCUCCUUUUCUCCGUCCAGUUUGAGGUAAUUUUUCAUUACUGUCGUGUAUCAUAUUCGGCAACACUUUUCCGUGUCCAAGCAGUAUCCGGCGUUCUCUGUGUGUGGCUCUUCUAUCUCGUUCCUGUAUCAAGUUUUGCUGUGU